CUUCAUUAAUGGCGGCGCCCAGAGCUUGCUGUGCAUGCGUGUGCGCUUCGUGGAAACUUUGGAUCUGGUUGAUUGCAGGGAUGUUUAUGCGACCUGCGCUUCUGUUAUAGUUCUCGCAUAGAUACAGUGGUGUUUUGAAGAUGACUGUCAAGCAGAAAGGCGUUUCUCAGGAAACCCUCAAAGUCAAGGUAAUCUCGGAGAUCAUCAAGGAGCUUCUCGCAGCGCAAAAGGAACGCAAGGAUGUCAAUCUCAACAGCGUCAAGUGCCAGAUAUCUUCGAAGUACGGGCUGAGUUCCCAACCGAAGAUAGUCGACAUCAUCGCUGCCAUGCCUCCGGAAUAUAAAAAGGUGCUUCUACCCAAGCUCAAAGCGAAGCCAGUACGGACUGCCAGUGGAAUCGCAGUUGUGGCAGUCAUGUGCAAGCCUCAUCGAUGCCCUCAUAUCAACAUGACUGGAAACAUAUGCGUAUACUGCCCUGGCGGUCCAGACUCGGAUUUCGAGUAUUCUACACAGUCUUACACAGGUUACGAGCCAACAUCUAUGCGUGCAAUCAGGGCCCGGUAUGAUCCUUUUCUUCAGACAAGGCAUCGUGUUGAACAGCUCCAGCAACUGGGCCAUUCUGUGGACAAAGUGGAAUUCAUCGUGAUGGGGGGCACCUUCAUGUGCCUGCCUGAAGAUUACCGUGAUCGAUUCAUUCGCAGUCUGCAUGAUGCCUUGUCAGGGCACAACAGCAACUCAGUGGCCGAGGCUGUGAGAUACAGUGAACGGGCUCGCACCAAGUGCAUUGGUAUCACUAUUGAGACACGUCCAGACUACUGCCUCAAGAGGCAUCUUGGAGAUAUGCUCCAGUACGGCUGCACACGGUUGGAGAUUGGCGUGCAGAGCGUUCAUGAAGACGUUGCCAGGGACACUAACCGGGGUCACACAGUCCGAGCUGUGUGUGAAUCGUUCCAACUGGCGAAGGACGCGGGCUUCAAGGUUGUAGCCCACAUGAUGCCGAACCUACCAAAUGUUGACUGGGAGCGUGACCUCGACCAGUUUGUGGAGAUAUUUGAGAACCCAGCAUUUCGCAUGGACGGCCUCAAGAUCUAUCCUACAUUGGUGAUUCGAGGCACAGGGCUGUACGAACUAUGGAAGACAGGUCGAUACCGCAGCUACCCGCCAGGCUUUUUGGUGGACCUUAUCGCGCGCAUCCUUGCACUGGUUCCCCCGUGGACCCGUAUCUAUCGUGUCCAGAGGGACAUUCCAAUGCCACUGGUAACCUCUGGUGUUGAGCACGGCAAUUUGAGGGAACUUGCUCUGGCCCGGAUGAAGGACUUUGGCACGAGGUGCCGAGAUGUGCGCACGCGGGAAGUGGGCAUUCAGGAGAUCCACCACAGAGUGCAGCCGGACCAGGUGGAGUUAGUGCGUCGGGAUUAUGUUGCCAAUGGUGGCUGGGAGACGUUCCUCUCGUACGAAGACCCUCGCCAGGACAUAUUAGUUGGGCUGCUGCGUCUGCGCAAGUGCUCCUCCGACACUUUCCGCCCCGAGCUGCUUGAUGGAUGCUCCAUUGUACGCGAGCUGCAUGUAUAUGGGAGUGUUGUACCAGUGAGUGCGCGUGACCCUACGAAGUUUCAGCACCAGGGCUUUGGAACACUGCUUAUGGACGAAGCGGAGCGCAUUGCUCGUCAUGAGCAUGGUUCACACAAGCUGGCAGUGAUUUCCGGUGUGGGCACACGGAAUUACUAUCGCAAACUUGGAUAUGAGUUGGACGGCCCCUACAUGUCUAAGCUGCUCAUAGCUGACCCUACUUGAGUGCCUCUGCAGGACGUACCUAGUGGCAGGGUUUUAUUGUUGCACUGUUUUUGUGAAAUCGCUAAUGAAUAUUGUACAGAAGGAAUAAAGUUUUGGUGAAGUUUA